AUGCUCUCGCUCCCGCCGCUGGAACUGAAAGGGAGCAAGUCAAUUCGAUCCCAAGAGAAGGGAGAAACAAUUCCAAUGUUUCAGGCUCACGACGGAACAUGUCUUGGCUCGUCGCUCUCCGGCUCCAGGCUGUGGAGGUACGGCAUGGUACGAAGAACGGGCCAUCAUCGGUGUGCAGGCCUGGACGAGGCAGCCCCUCCGCCCUUGGCAAACCAUUGCAUGUACGCGAGCGUGCCAGAAAAAAAAAAGGAAGCAUCACGAACCCGUGGUCCAAACGGUACAACACCCUUGGGCCUGGCUGCCCAUUCUCCAGGGCCAUGGUCUGCGGACAGACCGAGCUUUCUGGGGGACAAGCCAUUUAUUUUAAAUGAGGCCGACGACGACAACGGCAUACUUUAUCGGACGCAAUCAAGGUGCAAUCUGUCUGUUAACAUGAAGGGGCCAGGUGGAGGGCCACAAGUGCGAUUUCGCAAUGGCCCGGCCGAUCUCUUCCGGGAAUGGCGCACGGAAGCCAAGAUCAACUGA